GCAGUAGAAGUGAACACAUUACUUGGAGAUGUGUUGAAACAUGUUGGAUGCGACCAAUCCCAUGAACAGGUGCAUUACCCAGCUCUGCUGGCACUGGUGUCAACAGCCUUAACUAAUUCUCCUGAUGCUCAAACUCUCUUCACCAUGAAUCACUUCCAGGGAUUGCUGAGUGUUUUCCAAAGGGACAGUGUAAGCACAGGAGAUGGAGUAACUCGUGGGGUAGUUGAGGCUCUCUUAGCUCACCACCCAGGGGAUUUCACUGACCCAACUCUAGUACAGCAUCUCCUCACAUUCUGUGGUGCUUUACAUGAUUCAAUUAAUGCACUUACAACAGAUGAUGAAAAACGUCAGUUAUCGCUGUUGAUCACCUCCUUUAUUCAUCAAGUUAAUUUUGGAAAUGACUUUGAGCAACAGUUAGAUUUUUAUGUCAAUGCCAGAGCAGCUUUCUCUAAUCUGGAUUCAGUACUUGUCUCCCUAGUGCAGUGUGUGUGUCAGUUAGCCAUGGCAACAUGGGGAAAGAUCCGAGGCAUGCACACAGGCAAGACUGCAGCAUUUGUGAGAGCUUGUUCAGCUUACUGCUUUAUUACAGUUCCAUCUCUUGCUUCACCUGUGACUCGCCUUCGACUAUAUCUUCUUUCAGGGAGUGUUGCACUCUUAAACAACUGUUUAGGACAAGGAGAUGCAUGCAUGAAGGCAGCAAUUAGGGAAGUGCUGGAAGUAGCUGGCACACAAGAAACUAUCACAUUUAGUCAAAGUGGCGAGAUUCUUUGCCCAAUUGUUGCAAAUCUAGCCUCAGCCUUAAUUGCUACACCUGAUCCUCCUGAUGUGUCACCCCCACUCUAUCUCCUGCGAGGCCUUACAAAUGCAGUCAGAACAUAUUCUUGGCCUAAAGAUACUGAUCUUCAAGCAAUGAUGUCAAUUUCAUUGCUUCAUGCUUUAUCUGCUGCAGCUCAAGAUGUCUUGCCCUACCACGUACAUUCUGUGGAGGGCAAUGACACCCUCUAUGGGGGGGAUCCUCUUGUCAAGCAGGAAGCAGAACAGUUAUCUUCUGUGUUACUACAGGAUGUACUUUCACAUAUAAAGGGAUUGACUGGCAUUCAAGAGAAGAGAAGUGGACCAUUAACACAGGGGCUGUUUUGGUGUAUUAUAACUUGGAGUGAUCUAUCUCAAACCCCAAUGAUGAAUUUGGCAGUCUUUGUGUGGGCUUUAGUGAAAAAGCAUAAUUCUGCCCAGACAGUG